AAUUCAAUUUUUUUUACAAUCACACAUCAUCAUGGACAUAAUUUACUCAAAUAUCAACCUGCCAUUAUUUUCAACUAAGCAAAGUAAAAAUAUUGAAAACGGAGUAAAUAAAUACACUACAAAAAUGAUUCUAUCAAAUAUUAUAGAUGAUACAGCAAUUACUAGAUUUAAUAAACAGACAUUUAAAAAAAAUCCAAGUAUGCAGUUUGAGAACACUAGUAACAAUUUUUGUGGUGUUAUUAGUUCUCCUGUGAUUGUAUGCAAGAACAACACAACCAAAAGCAAAAGUAGCUUAAAUAUUGAUGACUAUACCACAGAAAACCAAACUAAUAGUUGUAAAAACAUUGAAAUUGAUGAAGUUUUUAUUAAGUCAGACUGUAGUAAAAAUGUUCCUAAAAAAACAAUUAAUAAAAAGCAAAAAAACAUAUCAUUUUCAAAUGAAAAGCUUUGGGAAAUUAAUAGGGUUAAUCAAAUCUUACAUAACAAAAUAACUAAUGGAGCAAAGCCUACUUAUUCGAGGAUAAAGCCUCCUAUAUCAUUAGUUAGGGCCACAUCAACAAUCAAUCGAGAGAGGAAAAAUAAAGACAUUAUUAAGGAAAAUGAAAUUCUAGCCAAGAAAUUGAAGAAUGUUAGAUCAACCAUCUUUAAGUAAAUUUAAAUUUUAGUAAAAUGUGUACCUAUAAUUUUAU